GUUGUCAACUUUCACUUUCAGCUUCUUUCCACCGCCGAUAGCUGAGCUUUAAGUCCGUCCCGACUGCGCUGGAUCCCGGUAUGUUUGUGUGACUUCGCAGCGGAAACAGCGCCUCGUUUUGCGGCCGUGUAGCUCGACGGACGGACGGAGAUGUGGCCGCCCCUGACUUCCACGUCGUGGCCCGGCUGCCUGUGCCUUUUUGCGGCCGCUUUGGCCGCAGCCUCCGAGACCACAGUCUACGGUAAGCUGGGCGGUGAAGUUGAGCUCAGACCAAACGCCGGUUCUGGGACCAUCAAAAGCGUGCUUUGGAAAUCUGGUUCUGACAUGGCCAUCGAGUGGUAUGGAGCUGAAGUGGACAGCUACCGUCAGUUUAAAGAGCGGGGCCACCUGAACACCUCAACCGGAGUGAUGACAAUCACAGGACUGCUUCUAAAUGACAGUGGAGUGUACACACCGGAGAUCAACAACGUCGAGGGCUCGACGGUUCGACUCGUCGUCAUGUCUGCCGUGCCCGUGCCCACUGUCUCACUAUCCUGCGAAGAGGGCAAGAUCAGAUGCACUUUGAGCUGUGAUGGACACGGCACAGAGCCAGUCACCUACGCGUGGACAGCUGAUGAUACCGUUGUGACGAAUUCCGUUACGAAGGAAUUUAUUAUUGACAAGGAGAUCAGUGCGAACAUAAAAGAGUUCAGCUGCGUGUUAAGCAAUGCAGUAAGUCAUGAGACGAGCCAACCCAUCUCCAACCCUUUCGACACAGACGCUCCAACUGAGGAGGGGCAAUUAAAAAUAUCCGCCGGCGUCACCGUCUUCAUCUGUCUGCUGGUGGCCGUGCUGCUGCUGGGUGUCGUUCACAGAUUGAAAGCAGGGAUGUGGUUCUUCGAAAAAGCCUCCAUGCCAUGGGAAGCAGACUUCUGGAGGAAGCAGGAGAGGUCAGCAAGAGACGCUGCCGAGUCCAACGGCACCACUCACAGUGACCAGAAGGGACAAAGUGACGAGGAAACACCAAUGGCAUAGGCGGCCAAACAACACCCAGUGAAGACCUGCGGAUGCAACUGAAAUGUUGAUGGAAUGAGAAUAUGCGAUACAGCGCAAAAGCAAUGACUAGAUCAGGGUGCAGAAUCAGUCCGUUGUUAAAUUUUAAAUAUGUACAGAGUGAAAUGAUGCAUCUUUAGGUGCAAAAAUAUAGGAUUUUACGAUGGCUUUAGAAGCGACAAAAUGUUGGCAGUAUUAAGGUUUGUUUAAGACUCAUCUGUUUCUCUGCAUGUUACUUUGAACAAACUAAACCAGAUGUUUUCAGUGGGGAACAUCUGUUUAUCGCGCUAUAACCUGGUAAUAUCGACUCCUAGCCACGUUCUUAUAAAGUUUAAAAGACGCCACAAAGGGAAAGAAACUUUAGAAGAAAACGCAAAUGAGAAAAGACACUUGAUCUCGGCAGGGUUUCUGGAUUUUCCGAGGAGGCAGAACGAGUUUGAAACAAUACCAGGAAGCCCAGCGAGGAGCGUUUUCCUGCGAUGGACUGCAUACCUGACACCGACCGGUACCUCGAGCUCUUUAAACCACCGGCGGAGGAUGAUUUGUGUUGGAGAAGAGCUCCGGCCGCGGGGAGGAGCCGCGCUGACGGCAGCAGGAAAUAAAAGGAGGCUAUUGUGUUUGUUUGGGCAACAGUCGGAGGCUUUGUGUUGUGUUUUAUGGCUGACUUCACAGCAGCAGCUUUGACGCGUGUUCGUGUGGGUAAAUAAGUGAAAUACAGAGAAAGCUGGAGCAUUUAUUUUCCUUGUUUUGUUUUUGUUUUUUCUGUCAUUGAAUGUCUGGGAUUGUUUCUGGUAUUUAGCUUUUCAUUCUGAGGUUUCAAUAUUUUGGUUUUCUGUCUCUAAAUGCAGUCGAUGUAAGGGUUUGCACUUGAUUUUUAUGUCCUUCACUUCUAAUUAGACUUCAUUUUGUUCAGUUGUUUUAACACUACAUGUUUUUUAAAAUUGUAAAAAGCUUCACAAACACACACCAUACUUGUAUAGACAAGAAGCACUGACAUGUUCGCAUCCUGUUAACUUGUCUAUUUAUUGGAGGUUGGCAUUUUCCAAUAAAAACUAUAUAUAUAUUUAGUGUUUUUAUAUGAUCUGUGUGUAAUAAAGCCAACAAAAUAUCAA